CAAAUGUAUACACGUCAUUUUUAUGUUUUUUUUUUAUCAGAACAGAAAACAGAAUCAGAAAAUCGAAAAUUAUCCUGUUUUGUUAAAAUUAUAAUUAAAUAUACAAAAUAAACUGAAACUGUUGUAUUUUAAACCAAAUUAAACUGUUUAAAAAGUAUUAAAAAUGGUCUAUAUAUCUAAGGAUGGACAAGUCCUUGACUAUAAACCAUGGACAGUCGAUAGAUUUCUUGGAAUGUUUACGGGCUUCUUUGUUUUUAUUGGGACCUUUUUCCGUACGUUGUUAAAACCUUUACUUGAUCCGCAAAACAGUGGAAGUGGUGGACGCGAUAGUCGUGGGAGUAGUUGGGGAAGUGGUGGAGGUGGAGGCGGCGGCGGCGGUGGAGGAGGUGGUGGUGGCGGUGGCGGUCGGUUCCGUCCCAAGUACGAUGGCUUACGUCCUAAUCGAAAAAUUGGACGCAUAGUCCAUACACAAUCCACCUGUCCAGGUGGAGGCUGCGGACGUUGAUCUAGCCGUCGUCGUCAAACGUGUUUCUGUAGCACGUUAAUUGCGCUGGUGUCCUGUCAUUUGUUAAAGCAAUUGACAGCCUUCCCUUGGGAAGUGCUUGUCUGUAUGACGAGCUGUUCGUAAACUCAAUCUAAAGAGAAGAGCAGCUCCGAAGAAAAUGUUCUUUAAUAAAUGGCUGCCCCAGUCGAUAUAUUUUACAAUGCCCCGUCAUCGUAUUUGUAUCUAACUAAUCUUCCCUUUAGAGUUUUUUUCUGACGUAUAACAUUUUAAAAUUUAAUUUCUUUCAUUUUGAAUAAAAAUAUAAUAUAUUUUAGCAUUGCAA